AUCAAAUCUUAUCAGAUCAUGGCAGAUGAUGACGCAGAAACGUACAAACUGUGGAGGGUAAGAAAGACAUUGAUGCACCUUUGUCACGACAGAGGCUAUCUUGUCACUCAAGAUGAACUGGACUUUACUUUAGACCAGUUUAAAGAACAAUUCGGUGACAGACCCAGUGAGGGAAAACCAUCAAGGAGUAGUUUAUCUAUAUUGGUUGCUCACAAUGAUGAUCCCACUGAUCAGAUGUUUGUCUUUUUUCCUGAUGAUGAAAAAGUAGGGGUUAAAACUGUCAAAGCUUAUUUUACGAAGAUGCAGCAAGAAAAUAUAAUGAGAUCGAUAAUAGUUGUGCGAGGUGGUAUGACACCAUCUGCCAAAGGUGGGAUUGUAGACAUGGCCCCUAAGUACAUCAUGGAGAUGUUUCUUGAAACAGAGCUUCUUAUCAACAUUACAGAGCAUUCUCUUGUGCCAGAACAUAGUGUGAUGACUGACGACGAGAAGAAAGAGCUAAUGCAGAGAUAUAGGCUGAAGGAAGCACAGUUGCCACGUAUUCAAACAUCAGAUCCUGUUGCGAGAUAUUUUGGAUUGAGGCGUGGUCAGGUUGUGAGAAUUGUAAGGAACAGCGAAACUGCUGGGAGAUAUGUUACUUAUAGACUUGUCAUUUAAUUUGUUACCGGAGACUGGCUUAUUUUUUAAUGUUAUUUAUUUUAUUUUAUCAUAUUUUUA